CAGUUUGCGAUCAGCUGUGCACUGUCAGCUGUCCAUGAGAUUGACAACUGGACCGAGUCACUGAGUUUUCUACGUUGCAACAGAAGACCUACAAGAUACCUACUACCGACAGUAUUUCCAUCCUUUGCCAGCCAAAGCCAAGACCGCAGCAGUUCAAGUAUUUGCUCACAAGAGACCUUGGAAUAAUUAAGAUGAGCGAGACACCAUCCCUGUCUGGCAAGGUGGCCAUGAUAACUGGCGCGUCCACCGGUAUCGGGAAAGCCUCCGCAGUUGCGCUGGCCAAACUCGGGGUCAAGGUCGCCCUUGCAGCGAGAAGCGAGGACGCCCUCCAGAAGGCGGUGGAAGAGAUCACAAGUCAGGGUGGGACUGCCAUAGGGGUGAAGACUGACGUCACAAAGAGGGACCAGGUGAAAGCUUUGGCCGCUGAGACUGAGUCAAAGCUGGGUCCAGUGGACAUAGUGGUCAACUCGGCGGGGAUCUGGUACUACACCCUGAUGACCAAUCUCAAGGAGGACGCCUGGGAGGAGAUGAUUGACAUCAACUGCAAGGGUGUGUUGAACUCCAUCGGGGCUGUACUGGACAGUAUGGUCAAGCGAAAGACAGGACACAUCAUCAACAUUUCCUCUGACUCUGGAAGAAGACCGUUUGAGGGCAUCGCGGUGUACGGAGGCACCAAGUACUUCGUGGAGGGCAUGACCGCCAGCAUGAGGCGCGAAGUCGCACAACACGGCAUCCGGAUGACCAAUGUCCAGCCGGGUGAUGUCGUCACACUGGGAGCCCUGAAGGCUCCGAUUGAUACCGCGGCGGCAGAGCUGUACGACAAGAGCACAGAGGUACAGGUGUUGGACGCAGAAGAUGUGGCCCGCGCCGUGGUGUACGCUGCCUCUCAGCCGAGCCAUGUGGCCGUCAACGAGGUACUCGUGCAGCCUCUCCUCCGACCUGUGUGACCUGGGAACUGACCACUGAGCCCGCGACCUCUUGUGACCUGUGAACUGACCACUGAACCCCGACCUCUGUGACCUGUGAACAGACCACUGAACCCACAACCUCUGUGACCUGUGAACUGACCUCUGAACCCACGACCACUGUGACCUGCCAACUGACCACUGAACCCACAACCUCUGUGACCUGGGAACUGACCACUGAACCCACAACCUCUGACCUGUCAGCUGACCACUGGAGCCUUCAACCUCUGUCACCCUCUCCCAUCCCCCCCUCCCAGGGCAGUGCUACUGACUGAAGUGUCUUUUGGCCAUACCCAAAUGGGGGGGUAUUA